AUGAACUUGCUUUCAGUUAUCAAACAGGCCCUUAAGCAUCCUCACUUCCACAUAAAUGAGAACUGUACCCCUGCCAUCCUCGUUGCUCCGUGGUCACCUAAGGUUAUUUCUGCAGGCCUCUUGCCUAAUGGCAAUUUUGAGAAGGCCCCGAGCCAUUCGUCACUCAAGGGCUCCGUAGUGAUCGGCAAAAACUCCCUUCCUGACUGGGAAAUUGGUGGUGCGGUCGAAUACGUCAAGUCGGGGCAAAAAUCGGGAGACUUGAUGCUCGUUAUACCAGAGGGCUUUGCCGCUGUUCGAUUGGGCAGCGAUGCAUUCAUAAGGCAAAGAGUCAGUGUGAAUAAAGGAGAGCUCUAUGCCUUGACUCUCAGUGCUGCGCGAACCUGUGCAUCCGAUGAGAAGCUCAAUGUCACAGUGUCGACCGACUCGAUCCGUGACAGUGGCUUGAUUUCGGUACAGACUAUAUAUAAUGCUAAAGGAUGGGAUUCUUAUGCUUGGGCCUUCCUAGCGGAGAGCUCAGAGAUAGGUGUGUUUAUCGGGGACCCUGGACAGGACGAGGACCCUGCUUGUGGCUCAGUCGUUGAUGCUGUUGCCUUGAAGGUGCUCCACCCUCCGAAGGCUAAUCGAGGAAACCUCCUCAAGAAUGGAGAUUUUGAAGAAGGCCCUUAUUUUCUACCCAACAACUUAGAUGGAGUCCUAAUCCCUCCCAACCAAAUAGACCGCAAUUCGCCCCUCCCUGGCUGGACCAUUCUCUCCCUGAAAUCCGUUCGCUACAUCGACUCCCCCCACUUCUCAGUGCCGGAGGGCCGCAAAGCCGUCGAACUGUUGGCAGGAAAAGAAAGCAUAAUUUCACAGACUGCCACUACAGUGCCCAAGGCUUACUAUGUCCUAACUUUCUUAGUUGGUGAUGCUAAUAACACAUGCAAAGGUUCCAUGGCAGUCGAGGCCUAUGCUGGAAGGGGUUCUCUAAAAGUGGACUAUGAAUCUAAAGGACUUGGAGGUUUUAAGAGAGCAAAGCUUGUGUUUGUGGCCUUAGAGAAGGUUACUCGUUUUGUUUUCUAUAGCACAUUUUACAUGACUAGGACCGAUGAUCUGAGCUCAUUGUGUGGUCCGGUCAUUGAUGAUGUGCGCCUUGUGCCCCUAGGAAAGGCAAAGCAUCACUGAGGUGAAGAAUGCAUGCCUUAAGUUGCUCCUUCAUUUG